GAUUAAUCGAUUAUCAUAAUAAUCGUUAGUUGCAGCCCUAGUCCUCAGUGUGUACUAGUGUGUCCUCUGUCUGUACUUGUGUGUCCUCUGUCGGUACUAGUGUGUCCUCAGUGUGUACGAGUGCGUCCUCAGUGUGUACUAGUGUGUCCUCAGUGUGUACUAGUGUGUCCUCUGUCUGUACUAGUGUGUCCUCAGUGUGUACGAGUGCGUCCUCUGUCUGUACUACUGUGUUCUCAUAUAUAUAUAUCAUAAAUAUAUAUAUAUAUUUUUUAUGUGACAUUUUAAUACAUACAAAUAAACUUAUACAAGAAGCGCUCCGGCGGCAAGUGCUGGCAGUUACUGCCACCAUAAAGACGGGGUCUCUCAGCCACACCUCCAGGGGUGCGGCUGAGAAAGGAACACGUGCUGAUGAGGCGUGUUGGCUCCUAUUCAGACGUGCAGCAGCUGACUGGAGUACAGUAACAUGCAUGUGUGGACUAAUUAUAGCCCAGGAGGUGGCCGAACUCAGCUGUGUGCUGGUCUAAAAGCUCGCUGGUGCUGGUCAGCGGUACUGGUACUGGUGUUCUCGGGCAGAAACGGAAGACAUUUUUAUUUGAACCUGAAUUCACACUUCUGCUCUGUGUUAAAGGUUUGACUCCUGGUUAUUUCGUCGCCCUGAGAUCAGCUGCAGUGGCUCUGAAUCGUUGGACCGCUGCAUCCAGGCCCCUCUCUCCUCCUUCCUCAGGUCCUCUGUGUGGUGGAGAGCUGCUGCAGGGGAGGAGGCCUUCGCUUCCAGGAGACUUCUACCUGCUCCUCCUCCCUGAGACCACAGCGCGUCCUGCAUCAGAGCUGCAACCUCCUCCGCUCCAUGUGGAGCACCAGGAAAUGUGCGAGAUAGCCCCGCCGUCAUCUUCAGCAUGGCCUGGCUGGACUCAAUCAACAAGGAGGGGGAGCAGCGAGGGGCGCGGAGACUUGAGAGCUGCCUCCUCUCCGCCCACGGGGACGUCUUUAAGGUCCCGUGGGCGGACCUGGUCUACCCACCAUUCCCCAGCGAGCCCUCCCUGAAGAAGGAGAACGAGUCCCCUGUUAAGGAUGGAGACAUGUUGAUGAAAACGUCGCAACUUCUGGUGAGAGAUGUCAGCUCCUCGAGAGCAGCGAGUGAGGACACCGAGGACUCGGAGGGCGAGUACGUGGAGCUGAUGGAGCUGCCUCGCUUCUCCCCACAGAAAGGCUCCUUAACCCAGUCCAUCAAUCUGCAGCACCGAGCCAGGACCAGCACACACGCCACUCACACACUCUCCUCCUGGCCCGGUGUGGAGGUCAGCUCCCACACCCCUCUUUGCUCCAGGCUCAUGGAGGAGAACCUGAUCCAGGACCCCUGUGGAACGGUCAUCCUCACCGCAAUCUCCUCCACCUCCUCUGCUCCUCCUGAAGCCCUGGGACCCAUCAGCUGGACGUCACUGGAGAACAUGGAAGGUACUGAUUCAGGCAUACGUCUGAAGUUAAACACUGAACCUGAAAGCUGCACAGAUGUGAGUGAAGAGGAAGAGGAGGAGGAGCCAGGGGGAGGGAUGGAGGAGAGAGAGCUGAUGAAGAGGCAGAAAGGGAAGCAUGGAAUGGUAGUGCCAGAUGAUGAAGACAAGGAAGAAAAACAGCUGGAGGAUGCAAAGUAUAGGCAGGAUGAAGGUUUACUAAAUGAAAGUGAAGACACAGAGGGAGAGUUGGAUGAGUUAGAGGAGAUAGAAGUGGAAGAAGAGGUUCAGGUGACAGUUCAGCAGCAGAAUCGAGGUAGGAGGGAGGAAGAGCAAAUAAUGAAAGAAGGCGAGGAAGAGGAGGAGACACAAGAAAAUACACACUCUGUGGACUCUUAUUCUGAAUGUAAUAGACAACCCAAGCACUCUUACAACUCUUAUUGUGAAGAUAAGACCAACCAAAGACACCCUGACAACCCUUCUGAAAACAAAGUGGUUCAAACACUCUUUGAGGACUCUUAUUCUGAAAACCAUAACCAACACAGGCACAAUGGGGACUCUUAUUCUGAAAACCAUAACCAACACAGGCACCAUGGGGACUCUUAUUCUGAAAACCAUAACCAACACAGGCACCAUGGGGACUUUUAUUCUGCUAAACACAAACCCUCUGAAGACUCUUGUUCUGAAACCAACUCACCACCGAUGGAUGCAGAAUCACUCUGGUGCAGAGCUGGACAGGAAAACCAACGAGAGAAGAAGAAGGAGGAGGAGGAGCAAAGUGAAGAGGUUGGUGGAGGAAGAACUGCAAAGCCUCAGACUGAAGGCCUCAGCAGACGUCCUUUCCAGUCUUACGGCCCCCCUUCGACCGGUCCCAGUCCAACAGAACCAGAACCGCAGCUGCACCAGUCAGCUGCUUCAAUGGUACCAGUACGGCUCUCCCAGUCCUCCCAGGCCAGCUUCUACACAGUGCUGCUACGCUCUGGAGCUCUCUGUUUACCUGUCCUUGAAUGCCUCAUGAGGGGAGACUGUCUCCGUUCAGGGACCAGAGACCGGAGCGGUCGAGUUCUGCUGGCGGUCUGCACCACGAACUCCGUGUGGUCCAACCCCGACUGUGACAGCGCCGUGCUGCUGCGCCUCCUACUCUACUACUGCUCCACCCUCAGAAAAGAGGUGGCAGCCUUGGGCCUGACGGUUCUGGUGGACGCCCGCGGAGCUGCUCCAGUCCCGGUCCUGUUCUCUGCCCUCAGGGCCCUGCAGGAGAACGUCCCUGGCUCUGUCCACUCCGUCCUCCUGCUGCUCAACAAGGAUUCUUUUAUGGGUCUCGACGUACAUGGAGCAGCACAGGUGGAGGUGUUGUUUUCGCUGAAGUCUCUUCAGAAGCACGUAGCUCUCCAGCAGUUUCCUGCAGAGUUCGGAGGUUCCUCCAGCUUCAGUCUGAGCAGCUGGCUCUGCUUCAGAUCGCGAUUGGAGCAGCUGACAAUUCAGUGUGACGACGUCAUCAAGCUGCUGCAGAAAACCGUCAACAUCCUGCAGAACACACCUCUACCUGCUGGAGCAGAGGAGGCCGAGGUGCUGUUGUCCAGGUACCAAACCAUGAUGCGCAGCGUCCUCGAAGACAGCCGAUUGGUGCAGCUACAGCAGGAGGGCGGGGCCUCGCUGUCUCGCCUGCGCCGAGAAGAGGGCGGUGUCGGCGUGGCUUUGGAGGUGGUGUCCGCGCUGUACGAGCAGGUGGACGAGCUGCUGCAUCGUCUGGUCACUCUCUCCAACGCCAGGACGCAGGAGCUGAACUUCAUCCUGUACUUCAAGGGCCUGGAGGCGGGCUUUGCCGAGGUGAGCUCCUGGCUGCAGGAUGUUGGAGAAGCUGCUCUCAAGACUCUGAAUGAAGCAGAUGAUUCUCUGGAGCUCCUCAACAAGAAACAGGGAGACUUCAGAGAGUUUCACACUGCUGCUUAUGACCGCUGCAGACAAGGGGAGGAGUUGCUGAGUCGCCUGGAUCCUUGGGGUCACAUGACAUCAGCUGACCUUCGUGUCUACGAGGUCAAAGUUCACUCUUUCUGGGCUCAGCUGCAGGACUUCUCCCAGCGGGUCAACACCACGGGUCAGAACCUGGAGCGGUCCCUGGAGCUCUACAGCUUCUUGGACCAGGCCUCUGGCUGGGCCUCGGAGGGCAUGCGUCACCUAGCUGCUGUCAGCAUGGAGGACUGCACGCUGCCGGACAAAUGCCAGUCCGUGAUUGGCUGCCUGGAGGAGCUCCGCCUCCAGCACCCGCUGAUCCCAGAGCAGCGUUUCCAGGAGAUGAGGGCGGCGGCGAGGGAGCUGCGGGGGGAGCGAGGCCUCCGUCAGUGGAGCUUCGCCUGGUCCAAGUGUCAGGAGACCAAGAAGAUGUUUGACAGGAAGAUGGAGGCGGCGCUCAGGACGCGAGAUUUGGCCCAAAGGCAGUGGGACUCCGCCCCCAGGCGGCGCUCUGACUCCACCCACAGCCGAGGCUCCGUCUCCUCCAGGAGAAAGCUGUCAGGACUCUGGGGGGUCCACCAGACCUCGUCUUGCCCCUCUAAAGAGGACAAGAACAGCUCCUCCUCAGCCCCCCCCCAGCACACUCCUCUCCUCCAGCGACUGUUCCACAGCCUCUCCACACAAGAGUCGGCGGACCAGGCGACCCUCCCAUCCUCAGGUCCAAGCCUUCGCCGCCACUCCUCCUCCUUCUCCUCGUCCUCCUUCUUCUCCUCCGGCAGACGGCAGCAGCUCAGGAAGUCGCAGAGCUUCGACUGCCCCCCCGCCCCCGAGGCGCCGCCGAUCGGCCCGUGUACUCGCGCCCUCAGCGAGCCGCGUCGCAGCGGCAACACAGGCGUGUUCAUCCGGGGGCUGGAGGUCAGCAGCUCCGAGGCCGCCAACCGCACGCUCUGCCCCCGGGCGGCCGGACCGGCUCCCCGCAGCCCUGGGACCCCCGGGACCACCAGGGGCCCGGAAACGGACCCCCGUCCCAGAGGGAGUAAGCUACGUCACGUGGUGGAGGAGAUGGUGACCACAGAGAGGGAGUAUGUGCGCUCCCUGCGUUACAUCAUCCAUCACUACUUCCCUGAGAUGGACCGGUCCGACCUCCCUCAGGACCUCAGGGGCAAGCGGUCCGUCGUCUUUGGGAACCUGGAGAAGCUCCUGGACUUCCACAGUCAGUUCUUCCUGAGAGAGCUGGAGGCCUGCUGGAGACACCCACUGAGAGUCCCUCACUGCUUCAUCAGACAUAAGGACCAGUUCAGUCUUUACGCUCUGUACAGCAAGAACAAACCCAAGUCCGACGCCCUGCUGGCCCACCACGGGAACUCCUUCUUCAGGAGGAAGCAGGUGGAGCUGGGUGAUAAGAUGGACCUGUCGUCCUACCUGCUGAAGCCGGUGCAGAGGAUGAGUAAAUAUGCUCUCCUGCUCACUGACCUCAUCAAGGAGGUGGGUGUGGCUCAGGAGGCGGAGCUUGCCACGCUUCAUGCCGCCACCAACAUGGUCAAGUUCCACCUCCGCCACGGCAACGACCUGCUGGCAAUGGACGCCAUCCGAGACUGUGAUGUGAACCUGAAGGAGCAGGGUCAGCUGAUCCGUCAGGAUGAGUUCACUGUCUGGACCGGGAGGAGGAAAUGUCAACGUCACAUCUUCCUCUUUGAGGAGCUUGUCCUCUUCAGUAAACCCAAGAAGAUGGAGGGAGGCCUGGACGUGUUCAUCUACAAACACUCCUUCAAGACAGCAGAUGUGGGUCUGACGGAGUCUGCAGGAGACGACGGGCUUCGCUUUGAGAUCUGGUUUAGAAGGAGGACGUCCAGGAACCAGACUUUCAUCCUUCAGGCCACCACAUCAGAGGUGAAGCACGCCUGGACCACCGGCAUUGCCCGGAUCCUAUGGACCCAGGCCACCAGGAACAAAGAGAUCCGGCUAAAGGAGAUGGUGUCGAUGGGAGUCGGCAACAAACCGUUUCUGGACAUCCAGCCGAGUGAUGCAGCCAUCAGUGACCGAGCGGUUCACUACAUCAUGAAGAGCAGAGGUGCCCGAACGCGGGCGUCCAUCGCCGUCUCUGUCUUCGACCACUCUAACCCCUUUAAUGGAGGAGUGGUGACCUCUGACCUCUCAGCAUCAGGGGCUUCAUCAUCCGGCCUGCUGGGACCGCUCAACCUGCACAUGUACAGUCAGAACCUCUCCCCCUCUCCUGCUGCUGAAGGCUCCUUCAUCACCUCCUGCGUUGAGGAGGAGGAGCAGGAGACCAGCAGCCAGCCCUCCAUGACCACAGAGAGUUCUGGCUCCUCCUCUCGGUGUCGAUCCGGCUCCACCGGCUCGGACAGCGGCUGCGUCUCCUCCCACAUGCCGGAGGAGCAGAGCCACGCCCCCAACCUGCCCUCCAACAGCCAGAAAGCAGUGCUGGGCAUCAGUCCGUCCACCAUCGUCUGAUGACCAGAUGGACAGUUCUUCUUCUUCCAGUCCUCACAUGUUCCGGAUGUUUGUGUCAGAUGUCCCUCGUGAUGUUCAUGUCUUCAUAUGUGCAGGACUUAUGGACUCAUGUUAGUCUGUUAGAGAUGUUAGAUGUUCUGUAGCUGCUGUUAGUUUGUUGUGCUGAUCCAGGUCCAGCUGGACUCACUGAACUUGUGUGUAAAAAAUGUUUUUUGGGGUCUUUUCUUACUUCAGUAAUAAACUUUAUCUUCAGAA